UUAGUAAGGAAAUUGAUUACAAAUUGAAAAAUUGAGAAUGUUAACGCAAUAUUGUGGUCGAAACUAUCGACAAAUUGGUGUUACUGCAAAAUGGCACAUACGAGCCCUUUCAACUCAAGCACAGACUCAAGUUAAGGUCGACCAAAACAAUGAAAUCGAAUGGAAUAAUGCUAAGCCUUUCUCUUCUAUUCCUGGACCAUCAAAAUUCGAACUUUUCCGAUCCUUUAUACCAGGAGGUAAAUAUCACAAUCUACAUUUCUUUGAAAUGUAUAAGGCGCUCUACAAGGAUUACGGCGCAAUAUUUAAAUUUCCUGGACUAUUUGGCAAACCAGGCAAGAUAUUCACAUUCGAUCCGAAAGACAUAGAAACAGUUUUUCGUAAUGAGGGUCAAUGGCCUGUACGCCAAGGUAUCGAUACGUUUGAUUACUAUCGAAAGAAGGUUCGUCCCGAUAUUUUCACAAAGGGAGCUGGAUUGGUCAGCGAUCAUGGAGAACCAUGGGCAAAAUUGCGAUCAGCUGUCAAUCCAAUUAUGAUGAAACCCAAAGUGGUGAAGGCAUACAUACCGGAUAUUGAUUGUGUAGCCAAAGAUUUUAUUGAAAAAAUUAAAACAUUGCGCGACGAGAAAAACGAAAUGCCAGAUGAUUUUCAAAAUGAACUGAACAAAUGGUCGCUAGAAUCCAUUGCAUUAAUUGCACUUGAACAUCGAUUAGGCCUUAUUAGCAGUGAUGAUGAUCCGGAAAAUCAGAAAUUAAUUAAUGCCGUAAAAGAGUUCUUCCUACUUGCGUUUGACCUGGACAUUAAGCCAUCCAUAUGGAAGUACUACAAAACGCCAAAAUUUAACAGAUUGAUGGAUGCGUUUGAAGUCAUGACAAACUUAUCGAAAAAACAUGUCGACCGAGCAAUUGAACGUUUAGCUAAUCAAACAGAAACCAGCGAAAGCCAUGAAGAUAGUGUGCUGCAAAAGAUUCUGAAAGUCGACAAAGAUUAUGCUAUUGUCAUGGCAUUGGAUAUGAUGCUGGCUGGAAUCGAUACGACCGCAGCAGCAGCGUCUUUACUGUUGUAUAACCUUGCUACACAUCAAAAAGUUCAAGAUAAAUUACGAGAAGAAGUCAUGACUCUCUUGCCCAAUGUUGAUGAAGCGUUAACACCGGAAAGUCUUGAUAACCUACCAUACAUGAGAGCGUGCUUGAAGGAAUCGAUGCGAUUGACUCCAAUAAUACCGGGAAAUGUGCGUGCUGCUGGUCGAGACCUUGUCCUGCAAGGAUAUCAAAUCCCGAAAGGAACUGACUGUAUAAUAGGAGCGGUAACACUACUGAGAGACGAUAAGUUCGUUGAACAACCUAAUGAGUUCAUACCAGAACGGUUCUUGAAGGAAGCGCAAACGGGUUGUCCGAACGCUAAAGACAUUCAUCCAUUUCUCAUGCUUCCUUUCGGCUUUGGGGCACGCUCAUGCAUUGGUCGACGUUUCGCUGAAAUGGAAAUUGAAGUUCUAACUAUAAGAUUUAGAAUGUUAACGCAAUAUUGUGGUCGAAACUAUCGACAAAUUGGUAUAACUACAAAAUGGCACAUACGAGCACUUUCAGCUCAAGCAGAGGCUCAAGUUAAGGUCGACCAAAACAAUGAAGUCGAAUGGAAUAAUGCUAAGCCUUUCUCUUCUCUUCCUGGACCAUCGAAAUUCGAAUUUUUCCGAUCUUUUUUGCCAGGAGGUAAAUACCACAAUCUACAUUUCUUCGAAAUGAAUAAGGCGCUCUACAAGGAUUACGGCACAAUAUUUAAAUUUCCUGGACUAUUUGGCAGACCAGACAAGAUAUUCACAUUCGAUCCGAAAGACAUGGAAACAGUUUUUCGUAAUGAGGGUCAAUGGCCUGUACGUCAAGGAAUCGAUACGUUUGAUUACUAUCGAAAGAAGGUUCGUCCCGAUAUUUUCACAAAGGGAGCUGGAUUGGUCAGCGAUCAUGGAGAACCAUGGGCAAAAUUGCGAUCAGCUGCCAAUCCAAUUAUGAUGAAGCCCAAACUGGUGAAGGCAUACAUACCGGAUAUUGAUUGUGUGGCCAGAGAUUUUAUUGAAAAAAUUAAAACAUUGCGCGACGAGAAAAACGAAAUGCCAGAUGAUUUUCAGAAUGAAAUGAACAAAUGGUCGCUAGAAUCCAUCGCAUUGAUUGCACUAGAGCAUCGAUUAGGCCUUAUUACUAGUGAUGAUGAUCCGGAAAAUCAGAAAUUAAUUAAUGCGGUGAAAGAGUUCUUCCUACUUGCGUUUGAACUAGACAUUCAGCCAUCCAUAUGGAAGUACUACAAAACACCAAAAUUUAACAGAUUGAUGAAUGCGUUUGAAGUGAUGACAAAUUUAUCGAAAAAACAUAUCGACCGAGCAAUUGAACGUUUGGCUAAUCAAACAGAAAACAGCGAAAGCCGUGAAGAUAGUGUGCUGCAAAAGAUUCUGAAAGUCGACAAAGAUUAUGCUAUUGUCAUGGCAUUGGAUAUGAUGCUGGCUGGAAUAGAUACGACCUCAGCAUCAGCAUCUUUGCUGUUGUAUAACCUUGCUACCCAUCAAAAAGUUCAAGAUAAAUUACGAGAAGAAGUCAUGACUCUCUUGCCCAAUGCUGAUGAAGCGUUAACACCGGAAAGUCUUAAUAACCUACCUUACAUGAGAGCGUGCUUGAAGGAAUCGAUGCGAUUGACUCCAAUAAUAGCGGGAAAUGUGCGUGCUGCUGGUCGAGACCUUGUCCUGCAAGGAUAUCAAAUCCCGAAAGGAACUGACUGUAUAAUGGGAUCGGUCACACUUCUGAGAGACGAUAAGUUUGUUGAGAAACCUAAUGAGUACAUACCAGAACGGUUCUUGAAGGAAGCACAAGCGGGUUGUCCGAACGCUAAGGACAUUCAUCCAUUUCUCAUGCUUCCCUUCGGCUUCGGGGCCAGAGCCUGCAUUGGUCGCCGUUUCGCUGAAAUGGAAAUUGAAGUUCUAACUAUAAGAUUAUUGAGACAAUUCAAAAUCGAAUGGAACCAUGGUCCAAUAAAAUUCGCAAAUGGUCUAGUCAUUACGCCAGCAUCAAAUUUAAAUUAUAAAAUUACAGAUUUGUAAUCUAAGAACUUUUUAUU